AUGGAUGGAAAGGCGCCCGAAACCUCCUUUCUACGCAACUCCCGGGUCAGCCUCGUAGACAUGCAGCCAACUGCUGAGGUAGACCUCUUGUCACAGGCUCGUGCAUACCUCUCAGUAGCUCCUUCGGCGACUCUUCCCACUCCGCCCCUUGUAGACAAGGCUAUUGCAGGGGAUAAGCUUACUCACCUUACACAGAGGUUUCAGAGCCUUGACAGCAACCGAAUGCAUUGGUUUGUCCGCCUGCAGGCCUUGAUCUAUAUCAACGACCAUUUAACGAAGGACGACAUGAGGCCGUACAUUUCUAUCCUGGUCCCAGGGUCAAUUCAGCCACUGAUGAAGCAGCUACACGAAAAGCGAAAGACCUUUACACCGUUCUUGUCUUCAAUUCUGAUAGAAUUCUCUAAAGUUUCCCCCCUUCAUAUUGCACCGGUAGCACACGAGAUCCUAGCAUAUUGCCUUCGGGAUCGUUCGAAUCAGGCGAUGGACUGUGUGUAUACAAUCUGUCAAGAGGUUCCGCUGUCCCAAGCAGCCUGGGAAGCUAUACUACUCUUCAUUUUUGACCAGCAGUACUCCAACUUCUUCAAAGAGAAGUUCUCGGCGAUCUGUGACGAACCAGAAAACACGUCUCCUCUUCCGUUGGAGGUGAAGCAGCAGAUACUGGAGCUUGCCUGCGAAAGCACGGUGCAUUAUGGCCUCUCGUCCAUGGCCGCGCAAGCAGUUUCGGCAGGCGGAUACGACACAAAGACAUUUUCUGCAAAGGGAGUAGAGGCAUAUGCAAGGAUUCUCUGCGGCAUGUUCUCCGUUAGGGGUGCUGAUAGCAACACCUCUCUCUAUGGAACAUCGUCGAAGCUUGUUGGCACUCUAUCAAAGACAGUCAAAUUUGAUGAGAACUCUAUCAAUAUCACCUCUACCCCUGGUAAGGCCCCUACAUCCAUCCCAGACCUACGCCACCAUCAGCCAGAAUUAGGGUCUGGCUCUACGUUUCUUCCGCCACAGAGUGCCUCCAUGACUGGUCACUCCCUCCAGUCCUUCCGACCAUCCAUUCAAGAAGAAAUGAACUCCCAUCCUGUCGUCACCUUUGGGUCCACUGGUGGGGCAAGCAUCAUCGGAGCCAUGAGUGGCCUGAGCGCGACACCAUCUGCUCGGGAAAGUAUCGAAGAUAUGAUUGGAGUGGCUGAUGUGAACGCAGCACUUGAUAACGUGGCCAAUUCGACACACAAGGUUGCACCAGUCAUUCAUACAUCCACACCGCCCUUUGCAAAGAAGUCCCAGCCUGUAGUGAAGACACCAGGAGAUGCUCUUGAGCAGUUUAUACGUGAAGCAAGUCUGGGACCAACGUUCUUCAAUGAAAGCCAAGCACCGCAAGAUGCAGAUACAACUAUGAAUCUUCUGGAACAAGCCCGAAACCUGGUGUCUUCACAGAGCGUGUAUGCCUCAGAUGCAAAUGAAACCAUGAAUAUGGACGAUAUACUCUCCUAUGUCAACAACUUGGGCAAGACUAAUGCAAGCAGGCGCGUCACGGGUGUGAUGGGCGUCCCUCCCAUAGGUCCAUCCCAGUCGGUAUCUAUGGCCUCUCCAGGCAUGGGGAUAUCGAGCUAUGCAGGUCUUUCAGGCCAUGGUGGCACUGUCCCCAACUCCGCUGGUUACACAGGCUACUCCAUAGAUAGGAAGGACACGGUAGAGCGUGGUGAGUCUCUGCAGAGGCCACUGGGUUUGCAAAGCAAUUAUUCUAGCAUGGAAGAACUUAACGCUCUUCGUCAAACAAACAAAGACUUGGAAGCCCAACUCAAUAGCGCCAAACUACAGAUUCGGGAAUAUGUGGAGAAGAUCAACAACUACAAUGACACACUGCUGAACAUGCAGACAGAGUCUGUUUCCACAGGCGCCUCUACACAGCUCUAUCUCCAAAACCUAGCACUGCAAGGAGAGCUUGACUCCUUGAAGAGUGGCUUCGACAGACUGACAGAAAAAUAUCAAGCCCUGAAAGAGCGCGACAGAACCAUGAUGGACCGCCUCGACAAGUACGAAAGCAAGCAGCAGCAAUUUAAGACAAUGUUUGAACAAGCUACAGAGAGAUAUGAGACAAUGAAACGAGUAACGAAUGAUAAGCUUCUAGCAUACAAAGAAGAAAAUGACAAACUGAGAGCCGAGCUAGGAGGUUUACACAGUAGUAGCGGGAAAAGAGAGGACUCUGGCUCUUCUGCAGAGAUAGCUGCACUGCGAUCGGAGAUAGAAGCUCUUAAAAAUGAUAAGGCAAACCUCACUGCUGUGACAAAAAGGUUAAUCGCAAAACUAAGUGUUGUUAGCAAGCAAACGACAGACGCCUAG